ACACAUACGGCACACUACACGUAGUGCGUAGCGUAUGCACUCUGUGAGCAGCAGGCAAGAUGCGUGUAAUUGACAGUUUUUUUCCAGUACAGAGUACAGUUAAUAAAAGUGCAAUGGCAGCUCAUUUAUGUUAUUAAGUAAACGUUAUAAUAGUCUUACAGUUCUAUAAAUAAAAGAAUGUGCAACAUGCCUUGGAUUGACCUACCGAUGAAUUGUUUCAUUAUAUAAACCAUGCUCCUGAAUUCACUGGGAGAAUGCUUUGGCUCUUUCCUUUCAUCGUGGCUGAUCUAGUGGCCACUUUCGAGGUGAUGGUCCCUGAUAAACAACUGAAGGCCAUUCACGGUCGUCCAGCUAUACUUGGCUGUAUGUUCACACCAGAUCCCGACACCUCACACUUGGUGGUUACCUGGCAAAGGCAGGAAGAUGUACGGGUCGUCCACAGUUUCUAUUAUCAAAAGGACCAGUUGGAUCGUCAGAGCCUGCAAUACCGCGGAAGGACCUUCCUGUAUAAUUCAGAGCUUGCUCAAGGAAAUGCUUCUUUACAAAUAACUGAAGUCAACCCAAAGGAUACAGGCCGGUACAUGUGCAUAGUGACCAAUUUACAGGGAAGCUCAAGAGCCCUGGUAGAGUUGACUUAUGGAGCUCUAUAUUCUGAGCCCAGGUUAAGCAUCCAUAUCAACUCCUCAGCAUUCAUAGUGAAGUUUGAGACGGAAGGAUUCCCCAAGCCUGAGGUGAACUGGCUUAGUAAACAGGGUGAAAAUCUCACUCAUCAACUGGAGGUCAUUGAUCUGACAGAAGAUGGAUUCUAUUUCAUAAAGAGCAGCUAUGUAGCCCAGAGGCAAAUGGUUAAUGUUACAUUUACACUGAAGAACCACCUCCUCAACCAGAACCUUGAGAGGCCUGUGAUCCUCGUUUGUGAUGAGGUCACUGCCACAAAUCAAGCACCUGUUGCAGUUAUCAUACUUGCUAUGUUGUGUAUUGUGUUGUUUAUCUGCAUCAUUAUAUUAACAUUACGGAGACGGAAAAUGCAGAGAUCUUUAACUGCAACGAAUUAUGGAGGGAUGUAGGUUAAGGGCUUGUAUCAUUUUUGCUUUCACUCCACCCUUCUCCUCCACAUCAAGAAUGCAAAUUGCAUGGAUUUAGUUAUUAAUCCUUCUCAAGUUUGAAGAAUUUAAUUGUGAAAGUUAUGGGCGUGUGUAAGUGUUUAUGGCAUUAUUAACUGCUGUGCCUUUUUUAUACUUUUUAUGGGUGAGGAUGCUUUAAGCACACUUUCCUUCAAAUAGUUUGAGCAGCUCAUGACAACUAAAAGUCCAUAUAUGCAUAUUUUACAUUUCACUUUGUAUGUAUGUUAAGUGUCCCUCUCCUUACAUUUUUUAUUUCUUUUAUAACAUAUUUACCCUGAACUUCGGCACGUUUCACAUAUAUUGACUGCAGAAGUUAAACAACUUCAAUAAAACGGUGAUGUUCUACAUGAUCAAACACAUCAUUAACCCGUGUUGUCAGUUGACAGUAACCACGCCUGAUCACAGAGCAGUAAAACUAUAAACAAAGUCCACUUAAUCCUA